GGGUCUCACUGAGGGGUGCGCAGUGGGAAAUGCUCCCGGGGGCAGCUCCCGGUGCCCCCAGCCCCUCUCCGAAGCUGCAGCCGGGGGGCUCCGGCGGGGCUGAGCCGCGCUCGUCUCUCCGCAGGCCGGCGGCGGGGAAGGAGCAGCGGCGGCAGCGGCAGCAGCAGGAGGAGGAGGAGGAGGAGAGGAGGAGGAGAAAGAGGAGGAUGAGGCCGAGCAGAGCGGCGUGACCGAGCCGCGGGCUCCUGGCCAGGGCUCGCACGCUCCAGCGCCGCGUCCCCCGGGCCGGCCCGGCCCCCCCGAGCCUCUGAAGUGCGGGUGGGGGCGCGGGGGGAGCAGCGGCGCUGGCGGCCGGCCCAGCCCCGGCUUCCCCGCCUCUAUAUAAACACACAUUUGACUUUCUUUUGCCUCAAAGCGAACAGUGCAGAGGGGCUUUGCCCAGCAGCCCUGCCUCUUUUUUUUUUUUUUUCCCCUUCUUUUUUUUUUUUUUUUUUUUUUUUUUUUUUUUUUUUUUUUUUUUUUUUUCCUUUCUCUCUCUCUCUCUUCCUCCUCCUUACAGAAGUCUGGUGAAAAGUCUGGGGCUCCCAAAUAAGCGGCGUGGCGAGAGAUCUGUAUUUAUAGGGAGAUAUUUAUAUAUAUGUAGAGAUAGAGGUAUAAACCGAACCGGCUCGCUGCGUGUGUGUAGAUACAUAUAUACAGCUAUUUAAUUCUUCCAUCUCUCCAGCUCGUGGCUGAAUUAUUUUAAGACUUUUUUUGGAACUUUUUCUUUUUAAAAUCUCGCUCCUUUUUUUUUUUUAACCUUUUUCCCCCCUGUUUUUCCCCUUUUUCCCCCCUUCCUUCUGCUGUGUGUGGCUUUGCCUUGCGAGCGAGCGAGCAUCUGCAGUUGGACUUUUUGGGGUCUUUUUCUUUUUUUUUUUUUUUUUCCGCCACUCCAGGCUUUUUAUUUUUUAUAUUUCUUUGUCCUUUUUUUUUUUUUUUUUUUUUUUCUGCUCAUUUUUACCUUCGCCUUUCCUCCCCUCCUCACCCACCUCCACCCCAUAUUUUUUGGGGGGGGAACCGCUUUUUCUUCCCCCCCCCUUCCCCGUCCCUUUUCCCCUCUCACUCUCUCUCCGUGCGCGCGUGGUGCUUUCCCUCCGUGUCACUCCGUCAAGUUUACCCCAAACAAACCCAAACUUCGCCGAGCAACCACAGCUUCUCUCCCUUAUUUUUUUUUUUUUAAUUUUUUCCCCCCUCUUUCCCCUCACUGUUCCCCCAACCUGUCAGCGCACAGGGGGGCGAACCGGGGCCCCCCCGAGCCCCAGGACCCCCCAAGCAGCGCCGAGCGGGCGCUCCUCACUCUCCCUCUCCCCGCGCGUGUUGUGUGGGUGCGAGCGUGGUGCCUGUCAAGGGGCUGUUUCUCUCCCCACCCUCCUCCUCCUCCCUUCUUUCCAAAUAUGCUUUUUGCAAGUUUUGAUCUCGUCUCGGCACUGGCUACCCUCGCCGCGUGCUUGGUGUCACUGACUUUGCUGCUGGCCGUGUCCCAACAGCUGUGGCAGCUCCGCUGGGCUGCCACCCGCGACAAAACCUGCAAGCUACCAAUCCCCAAAGGCUCCAUGGGAUUCCCUUUAAUCGGAGAGACCUUCCACUGGCUCCUGCAGGGCUCCUGCUUCCAAUCCUCCCGGCGGGAGAAGUACGGGAACGUGUUCAAGACGCACUUGCUGGGGCGGCCGCUGGUGCGGGUGACGGGAGCGGAGAACGUGCGCAAGAUUUUGAUGGGUGAGCACCACCUGGUGAGCACCGAGUGGCCCCGGAGCACUCGGAUGCUGCUGGGCCCCAACACCGUGGCCAACUCCAUCGGCGACAUCCACCGACACAAGAGGAAGGUUUUCUCCAAGAUUUUCAGCCAUGAGGCUCUGGAGAGUUACCUCCCCAAGAUCCAGCUGGUGAUCAAGGACACCCUCCGGGCCUGGAGCAGCAACCCCGAGUCCAUCAACGUGUACCACGAGACGCAGAAGCUCACGUUCCGCAUGGCCAUCCGCGUCCUGCUGGGAUUCCGCAUCCCGGACGAGGAGCUCGGCCGCCUCUUCGAGGUCUAUCAGCAGUUUGUGGAGAACGUCUUCUCCCUGCCCGUGGAUCUGCCCUUCAGUGGCUACAGGAGGGGAAUCCGAGCCCGGGAGACAUUGCAGAAGGGGCUGGAAAAAGCCAUCCAGGAGAAGCUGCAGAACACGCAGGGCAAGGACUACGCUGAUGCCCUGGACAUCCUGAUAGAGAGUGGGAAGGAGCACGGCAAGGAGCUGACCAUGCAGGAGCUGAAGGAUGGCACCCUGGAGCUGAUCUUCGCCGCCUACGCCACCACGGCCAGCGCCAGCACCUCCCUGAUCAUGCAGCUCCUCAAACACCCGCGGGUGCUGGAAAGGCUGCGGGAGGAGCUGCGGAGCAAAGGGAUCCUCCACAACGGCUGCAUCUGCGAGGGCUCCCUGCGCCUGGACAACAUCAACGGCCUCCAGUACCUUGACUGCGUCAUCAAGGAGGUUCUGCGGCUCUUCACCCCCAUCUCCGGGGGGUACCGGACCGUGCUGCAGACCUUCGAGCUGGAUGGUUUCCAAAUCCCCAAGGGCUGGAGCGUGAUGUACAGCAUCCGGGACACCCACGACACCGCUCCCGUCUUCAAGGACGUGGAUGUCUUUGAUCCCGACCGCUUCGGGCAGGGCCGGAGCGAAGACAAGGAUGGCAGGUUCCACUACCUCCCCUUCGGAGGAGGUGUACGGACCUGUCUGGGGAAGCACCUGGCCAAGCUUUUCCUCAAGGCUCUGGCCAUCGAGCUGGCCAGCACCAGCCGCUUCGAGCUCGCCACCAGGACUUUCCCCAAAAUCACCCUGGUGCCCGUGGUCCACCCGGUUGACGGACUCAAGGUCAAGUUCUUCGGACUGGAUUCCAACCAGAACGAGAUCCUGACGGGCACAGACGCCAUGCUGGGAGCCACCGUGUAA